UGCAUUUCCAUAGCUUGAGCUUGUUUCCUUUGUCUCCAGCUCCAAAUGAGUGUACCAGCAGCAACGGCACAAAAAUCAGACGGUAACAACAGUGAAAUGCAAUCAGCUGCAGUGGCUCCCUCCUUCAUCCCCAGCCAGUCGGGAAAGAUACCAGGCAGGAAGAGAGGGAGACCCCCGCUCCGCAAUGUCGCCAAGAUGGAUUUUCCCAACCGUUACCCCGAGUCGCUCCCUCCGCUCAAAGUGCCAAAGAAGAGGGGGAGAAAGCCAGGCUUCAAGCUCAAACCCAGGAUGGUGAUGACGCCGUUGGCUAUCUCUCCACCCAGCAGCACCCCUGAGCCCGAUAUGAGCUCCAUUCCUCAGGAUGCCGCGACCAUCCCCCACUCUGCCACGCCCCAGGUGCUUACAGUCUGUAUCUACAUCAACAAGCAAGCCAACACCGGCCCCAACUUGGACAGGAAGAAGAUCCAGCAGCUCCCUGAUCACUUUGGACCCGACAGGCCCUCUGUGGUUCUGCAGCAGGCCGUCCAAGGCUGCAUCGACAGCGCCUUCCAGCAGAAAACAGUGUUCACUCUCCUCACACAAGGCUACGGGGGAGAAAAAAUAUCAGCCACAUUUGAUGGGAAGCAGCACCUUCUCAGCCUCCCUGUGGUGAACAGCAUCGACUAUGUGCUUCGUUUUCUGAAGAAGCUCUGCCGCAGCUUGCACUGUGAAAACCUCUUCAGUGAUCAGCCCAUUACCCAGCACAGUGGUGGCUCUUACCAGUCAGAUGCUGAAACAUCUAUGACUGAGGACUACCAUUUAGACCAGUCCGACGGCAAGCGCUACUCCGUGGACCCUGGCGAUUCUGCUUUCAACUCCAUAAGCUCGUCCUAUUCGCCAAAGUCCUCCUAUGGGUUUCGUUCGUCACAGCAGUUCUCCAACGGCUCGGCCUCCAUGAGCAUGUGCCGGCAGUCGUCCACCAGCCCAAACACGUUCCCAGAGAGCAACAGGACAGGAGGUUAUAAUGCAUCUCCAGAGACCCAGGAGUCCAAGGCUCCACCCAAUAAGGACCCAUCCACCUGGUCUGUGGAAGAUGUUGUCUGGUUCAUCAGGGAUGCUGACCCCCAGGCUCUAGGCCCCCAUUCAGAUGUCUUUAGGAAACAUGAGAUCGAUGGAAAUGCUUUGUUACUCCUAAAGAGCGACAUGAUCAUGAAGUACCUCGGACUGAAGCUGGGGCCAGCCUUGAAGCUUUGCUACCACAUCGACAAACUAAAGCAGACUAAGUUCUGAAAGUCUUCGAUGAUAUAUACCCCCCCACACACACACACACACCCCCUUCAAUACAUUUCUGAAGGAUCACAUCUGGGGACUGCAGGUCUGUAAGCCACUGGGAUAAGAGAAAUUUCUGGGAUACUGAGAAAUACCUGGGGGAUGAAACCUCCUUUCAUCAAUCAGGCUAGCACAGUUUAGAAAAGAUGAUUUAGCUAGUUUUUCACAUCACAUUACCACUACUUAAACCUACAAUAACUGAUGGACACAACAUUGACAUGUCAUCAACGUUUAUGUUGAUUUGACAAAGUUUUUAGCAAACAUCUGCUUAUUUUCACAUCCAGUAUUGUCAGAGCAGCAUUAUAAUUUGUUUGGAGUCAUGUUCCUGGCCACCUGACAAAUAUAAGUCCAAUGCUCUCUUUCAGCUCUGUUUUGGUCUCUAACAACUCCUGAGGGAAAUAUCUGGAUCUUUAUCUGCUAAAUGCUCCACUAUGUUCACCAGCUAGUCUCUAGCUGUAUCUGUCUGCGGUCUGGUGCUGAUUGGGUAGUGUACAGCUGCCUGCUGUGGCCAGUGAGAGUGAAUCAGAACAGUAAAAUUACAUCCGGACCACUGAACAAUGAGCUGAAAGUCGCUUUAAAGCUCCAUAAAGCUGCAUGGAGAUGCAGAUUUGGGUGAUAAGUCUCUUGAGGUUCAUCACUACAAGCAACUCCUUUCCCAUUGUCACAUUGUUUUCACGUUCUCAUUGAUACAUUAUUAUUAUUAUAAAAAUAUAAAUUCUGUUCUUAAGUCUUGAGCAGAGAAAUGUUCAUAUCAAGUGGGAAAAAGACCGCUAGAGGAAGUGAUGUACCUCAUAGCUGUAAUCCUACUCUCUUCCCAAUGGCUUGCUGACCUGGGGUCCCCACACAUGAGGUCUACAGCUGAAUCCUCUUGGUACAUUUUGCUGAAUAUUACCAUGAUGUCAUGUAGUGUUAAUCACAAAUUCACCCCUCUCAUACGCUCUCUUCUCUUAUUUACUUGCUCUUACAUUUGGCACAGAUUUUGAACUAAAAACCAUCACAGUGUAGAAUGCAUCCUUCAUACAAAAUUUAACAUAAUGUAAUCAGUAAAAGACGACCAGUGUAAGAAAAUGUUUUGUCUCACAAACCUUCAUAGGCAGCACAUCUGUCUGCUGCAUGCAGAUUUACUCAUAUAUAUAUAUUCAUCAUCUGACAAGAAAUGUAUAACAGAAAACACUUUAUACCUUAAGAAACUUUGUCAAAUCUCACCGUAGGAUCUUGUUUACUCGCGGUUACCAAGCUGAAAACAUGUCUAUAACUGUACUGAAAAAUGGUGCAUUAAAUACUACAUUGCUUUUUGAUUGAGAGAUUUAGAAAAUCAUUUUGAUACUAUUUUUUCACAUUGCUGUGUAACAAAAAAAGUAAUGUCCGGAUUGGAUUUCUCAUUCUUUUUUAUUAUAAUUAAUAACAGUAUAACUUAAGCAAAACAUAGCCUACAUAAAGACAGUCGCUCUCUUUUUAGUAUAUAUAAAGAAAAGCGAGAGCAUUGUGAACGUGAUAUAUUUAUGUUUCGAUAUGCAAGAUUGUCACAUGCCAAUUAUCUCCAAAGGCUCUUCAUGUAUACUCAUAGGAAUGUUUUUUAAUUCAUAUGUUUCUAUGUUUUUAUUCAGCAUCGGUGUUGAUACAGAAGUUGU